AUGGCAUACUCUCGCGAUGGCCCAGGUAUUGGGCCCAAACACGACUCUCUGGAGCACCACUCAACUCCACCGGCCAACAUCGACGCCGAGAAACAACAAAGUCAAGAACAGGUGGAACACAAAAAAUCAGUAUACGCGGGACUUGGCUGGUUAGACCGGCUACUCGUCCUCUGGAUCUUGUUGGCAAUCAUCGUCGGCAUCCUGCUUGGCAAUUUUGUCGGCGGUGUUGGGCCAGCUCUCCAGAAAGGCAAAUUUGUCCAGGUCUCCGUUCCCAUAGCUGUCGGUCUGUUGGUGAUGAUGUACCCAAUCCUCUGCAAAGUCAAAUAUGAGACCUUGCAUCGCAUUUUUGCCCAUCGCCAGAUUUGGAUCCAACUGGGUUUCAGCGUUGUGGCCAACUGGAUUAUUGCUCCCCUUCUUAUGCUCGGAUUGGCUUGGGCCUUCCUGCCGGAUCGACCUGAACUUCGGAACGGCCUCAUAUUUGUGGGUCUAGCACGCUGCAUUGCCAUGGUCUUGAUUUGGACAGGUCUUGCCGGAGGGGAUGAGGAGUAUUGCGCAAUUCUUGUGGCCUUUAAUUCAAUCCUGCAGAUGGUCCUCUACGCACCCCUGGCUAUUCUUUUCGUCAACGUUAUAAGCCACGGCGGAGACUCCAAAGUUGCGUACUCGACAGUCGCCCGAAGCGUCGGGGUCUUUCUUGGGAUACCUCUUGGAGCUGCCGUUGCGACCCGCUUAAUCCUCAGGCGCAUCAACGCUACCUGGUACGACCAGAAAUUCCUCAAGUGGAUCGCUCCGUGGUCACUUUUAGGGCUUCUCUACACGAUUCUCGUCCUAUUCGCCUCCCAGGGAAGGCAAGUAGUCCAUCAAAUUGUCUCAGUUGUGCGAGUCGCUGCGCCUCUUAUUGUAUACUUUGUGGUCAUUUUCUUUUUGACACUGUUGAUCACAAAACGUCUCGGGUUCGGAUACAAACUUGCAGCUACUCAGAGCUUCACUGCAGCCAGCAACAACUUCGAGCUGGCGAUCGCGGUUGCGGUGGCCACCUUUGGAGCUACCAGCGACGAGGCUCUGGCCACUACCGUCGGUCCCCUAAUUGAGGUGCCGGUUUUGAUUUCACUUGUCUAUGUUGUGAGAUGGAUUGCCGGUCGUUGGAACUGGGAAGACUAG